AUGGUUUCCGGCAAGAAGACGAAGAAGACUCACGAGAGCAUAAACAACAGGCUGGCUCUGGUGAUGAAGAGUGGCAAAUACACACUCGGUUACAAGACCGUCCUCAAAACCCUUAGAAAUUCCAAAGGGAAGUUGAUAUUGAUAUCGAACAACUGCCCACCAUUGAGAAAGUCCGAGAUUGAGUACUAUGCUAUGCUUGCUAAAGUUGGAGUCCACCAUUAUAAUGGAAACAAUGUUGAUCUGGGAACAGCAUGUGGAAAGUAUUUCCGCGUGUCAUGCCUCAGCAUCGUUGAUCCAGGUGAUUCAGAUAUCAUAAAGUCGUUGCCAGGAGAUCAGUGA